GUGAAUGAGUACUCUGAAUUUACAGCAAAGCAAAUCUCAACCCCUCCUCCUCCUCCUCAAUAGGGCUUUUUUGUUGGUCUCCCCACACUCCACACCACCAUCCACUGUUCUUCCCCUUCCCCUUCCCCAUCAGCAGGGCAAGAAAGGCAGCAGCCACAGCUGCAGUGUAUGUGUAUGUAUGUGAGAGAGAGACUGCAGCCUCCCUCCCUCCCUUAAUCUCUCUCUCUCCGUGCCCCCAUCUUCACCCCUGUGAGUCUGAGAGAUUGAUUGCUGGGAGGGGGUGAUGGGAGAGAGAAUCCCAGCAGGGAGCUACUUCCAGUACCCUCCUUCCGGGCCCCAUGCCUCUCCUCACCGGUCAUCCUCUCUCGCCGCCGAUCGAGACAGAUAUCUGGCUGAAUUAGUGGCGGAGAAGCACAAAUUGGGUCCUUUUUUGCAGCUUCUGCCCCAUUGCAGCAUGCUAAUAAAUCAAGAAAUUAGACGGUUAUCAGCUUAUGGUGCAAGCUUUGGGGAGCACGAACGACUUGAACAUGGGAGUCCACACAGGGCAUUAAAUUUACACCCAAAUGGAAGGCCAUUAGAUCGGGACAGGUGGUCGAUGAUGCAGAUGGAGGAAGAAGGGCAUAUGCAGAAAAUUCCUCCAUUUCAUUCUGCUGCAGCGGGUUGGGCGCCCGGUGCAAUGGGCGUGCCAACUACUCCUUUUGUCAAGAAAGUGAUUCGACUUGAUGUUCCCGUUGAUAAUUAUCCAAAUUACAAUUUUGUUGGACGAAUCCUGGGGCCACGUGGAAACUCCCUUAAAAGAGUGGAAACCGCGACAGGGUGUAGGGUGUACAUAAGAGGCAAGGGAUCAGUAAAGGAUUCUGUGAAGGAAGAGAAGCUAAAGGAUAAACCUGGAUAUGAGCAUCUCAAUGAACCUUUACAUAUAUUAGUGGAAGCUGAGUUCCGGGAGGAAGAAAUAAAUGCCCAAUUGGAGCUCGCAGUGGGAAUACUCGAAAACCUCUUGAAGCCUGUGACAAAUGAAUGGAAACUGGACAAGGACGAAUCAUUCGAUCACUAUAAGAAGCAGCAGCUGAGGGAAUUAGCUAUGUUGAAUGGUACUCUUAGAGAAGAAAGCCCGAGUAUGAGCCCCAGCAUGAGCCCAAGCAUGUCUCCCUUUAACAGCACAGGGAUGAAGCGGGCCAAGACGGGAAGAUAGUAACUCAAGCAAUUCAAUGGAUCAUUACUCUCUUUGCUGACUAUUCCAACUGAUGGAUCGCUGCUAUCAGCAACAAUAACCCGAGGUAUCUGACAGCAACCCUGUUCCCAACAACCUUAAGAAGGGAGAAAGAAGAAGAAUUCCCGGGUGGGAGAUUUAUUAGGAGGGUCGGUUUCUCACCUAGGACCGACCAACUCAUUAUUUUUCGGUAUGCUUUCCUGUCUAUUGUGACUGUAAUUCUUUUUUCCUUUGGACGACUAAUUAGUUAUUUAUGGGCCACAUAGUAUUCUUAUAAUUCUUUACCUGACAGUCUGUGACCUGUCUGUUAUGCGUGUUGCUGAUUUCAAUCUGUAAGACAUGGUUGUGUCCAAUAAACGACAGUACCAGAUGUAGUGUUUUUGCGAAAAUAAAGCCUGGAAUAGUUAUAGUUUCAAGCUA